GAUAGAUAGAUGUCCCCCAAACGGACAGAAAGCAUAACCCAGAUUUGUUUUUAAUAUAUAAUCCAUAAAGCGACGCACGGAGAAUCUCGCACAAAUCUUUAGAGAGAGAGAGAGGGUGAGAAAAGAUCCAGGUGGCUCGUUCUUUUGUUCUACAGUUCUUCUCACCCUCGCGUGUCGCCUUAAAAACACCCCCUUGCCCCCUGAACUCCCCUUGUCGAAGCAGACACACACAAGGUGUUUGAAAGCCGAACUUUCUCUUCUUCGUCUCAAAAUACCGUGUAGUAAAAUCAUGGCAAACACCAGCAUACGAGUGAAAGAAGCAGUACUGGUAACCCCUUCAGAACCAACCCCAACCCAUGUCCUUACCCUCUCCGCUCUCGAUUCUCAGCUUUUCCUCCGCUUCACCAUUGAAUACCUCUUCGUCUACCGCUCUCGUUCAGUUCCUAACCGCUCUGCCACCACCGCACGUCUUAAAGCUGCACUUUCGCAAGCCCUCGUCUCUUACUACCCACUCGCCGGUCGAAUCAGGGCGGCCCGACCAGACGCCUCGAACCUUGAGGUCGUGUGUCGAGCCCAAGGUGCGGUAUUCAUCGAAGCCGUCUCCGAUAUCCCAGCAGCUGAGUUGGAAAGUGCCCCGCGUUACUCCACCCAAUGGCGAAACCUGCUGUCCUUCCACGUGGCAGACGUUCUUCAAGGGACCCCACCUCUUGCUGUCCAGCUAACUUGGCUCCCUGAUGGUGCAGCGGCGGUUGGCGUAGGUAUCAGCCAUUGUCUCUGCGACGGAAUCGGUAGCGCCGACUUCCUCAACACAGUCGCGGACCUAGCCACGGACAGAUGUGGACUCGCUGAAUUGAAACCGAAACCCAUCUGGCAUCGCCACCUUCUCGACCCGGUCAUUCGCCAACCCCACCACCGAUCUCCGGCGGCUUGCCACCCCGAGUUCGACCAAAUUCAAGACUCCUAUGGGUUUGUCCAACGGUUCUCCCGAGAACCACUCACUCCAACAUGCGUCACCUUCGAUCGAAGAGCUCUAACGCAACUCAAGAAGCUCGCACCGUCCACCAGCCAACCCAACGAGCUGAAUCGUUCGUACACGUCGUUCGAGGUGCUCUCAGCCCACGUAUGGAGAUGCUGGGCUAAAGCUUUGCAGCUACCGGGGACACAAACGUUGAGGCUUCUCUUCAGCGUCAACAUUCGGAACAAAGUGAAGCCCAACCUCCCUGAAGGCUAUUACGGAAACGGAUUCGUGCUGGGCUGUGCGCAGACCGGGGCGAAGGAGCUGAUUGAGAAUGGGCUGGGUUGGGCGGCUGGAUUGGUUAGGAAAGCCAAGGAGAGAGUAGGAGACGAGUACGUGAGAAGGGUUGUGGAAUCGGUGAGUGGGUCAAGGGCAUGCCCAGACUCGGUUGGAGUGUUGAUAAUAUCACAGUGGUCAAGGCUGGGAUUGGAGAGAGUUGACCUGGGAAUGGGAAUGGGGAAGCCCGUUCACGUGGGUCCCAUUUGUUGCGACAGGUAUUGUCUGCUCUUACCAGUUUUCGAGCAGAGAAAUGCAGUGAAGGUGAUGGUGGCGGUCCCCAAGAACGCCGUUGACAAGUACGAGCAUUUACUCACCACCAGCCUCACAUCGUCUUGACUCACUCUGACUCUCCCUUGACUCGUUCCGUACACAUUUGACUUGUAAGCUUUUUAAAAUGACUUUUCAACACUGUUCCAAGAUUCUCCUGGUACGCAAACCAAUUCGGAUCGGCUCUUGCUCUCUUGUCUUCUCUUCUCUUCUC